AGCGAUUUACGCUUUUCUCUCCCAUUCAUUGAUAUCUUCAGAUUUCACACAUGGUGAUGGUUACUCUAACUGACAUGAGUCUUAAAACGUCAGUAUUCACGAUCUUGCUAUCACCUUAGCGAAAAUAUACAAAUUCAGUUGGCUAGGUUCAGAACUGACAAAGAAAUAAAUCUUGUUGCUACUGAAUAAUUCUGCGUUUCUUUGGAGAUUAUAAUUUUCUUUCUCAUCAGGAGGUAAUACUACCUAGAAAUAAAAUGCCAGAACAAAGCAACGAUUACCGAGUAGUCGUGUUUGGUGCAGGAGGUGUUGGGAAAAGUUCAUUGGUGUUAAGGUUUAUUCAGGGGACGUUUAGAGAGAGCUAUAUACCAACGAUUGAAGACACCUAUCGACAGGUGAUUUGCUGCAAUAAAAACAUAUGUACACUUGAGAUAACUGACACUACGGGGAGCCACCAAUUUCCGGCUAUGCAACGUCUCAAUAUCUCAAAAGGUCAUGCUUUUAUUAUGGUGUACUCUGUCACAAGCAAACAAAGUCUGGAAGAACUGAAGGCUAUCUUUGACGUCAUCAAAGAGGUCAAAGGUGACAUGGAAGGGAUCCCUCUAAUGCUAGUAGGCAAUAAAUGUGACGAGAUUGAAAGUAGAGAAGUGGAUAGCCAGUACGGACAGGAUCAGGCUAAUCGCUGGGGAUGUGGAUUCUUGGAGACAUCAGCGAAAACCAAUUACAAAGUGAAGGAACUUUUCCAGGAACUAUUGAACUUGGAGAAGAGAAGGGCAAUGAGUUUUAAUUUGGACUCUAAGAAAACUCGUUCUCAGUUCAAAAAACAAAAACUGAAAGAUAAAUGUGUUCUUAUGUGAGAUUUUGGCGUGAGGGCGUGUGUUCUGACAAGGGUUAAACUUAAAGCAAUGUGUAGCACCUGAAAAACAUAUCGGCAGGCGUCCGUAAACAGUAAACAAAUGUGAUAUUUUUACACAAGUACUGUCAGAGAGCUCCACUCAAACUACAGGUACGAAACAUUUCUCAUAGACUGUGUAUUGUAGUGUGAAAACGAAAAUAAGGACUGCACAAGUAUUUGACGGGUGAACGUUAUUACAAAACUUUAAUAUCAUUUUAUAAACGUUUAGGAGAGGAUGAUAAUGUAUUUCACGAGCUUUAGAGAAUUACGAAUCUUUAUAUAUCUUUUAAAAAACGACAACAAAAGCUUGCUAUAUUUCGGAUAAAUGUUUAUUAAGAAUUUAAAGGAAUUUCUAGAUAAUGAUGAGCUCACUUUGUAUUCUCAUCAAGGCCUCCAGAUAACGUAUCUGUAAGAAAAAAAACGUUGUUCAUUUACUAUGUUGUCUAAAUAGUUUAAAUCAGUGAUAAUUCUUAUAAACUGAAGUACUGUAGUCGGUUGUUUUUUCGCUUAAAAUAACUAUCAUGGUUGUAUAUCAAGAAUGAAAUUGCCAUAGAGAUCUUUGGUUUGUUAGCUAUCACGUGAAUAUCAUUGAUGAAAAAUAAGAGCAUCAACAUUUAUACCUGAACAUAAUAUGCUCUAUUUUAAGCAAUCGACCACACGGAUAUUAAAAUCUCAAAGUGAUGCGCUCUUUAUAUGUAAAGAAGCUUUCAAUUGUUUGUAAACUAUAAUGACAUGUUACUGAUAAAUGAAAACAUUCGUGUUAAUGCAAUUAAUUUUAACUUAACAGUAUUAAUAUUUUCUUGAUAAA